ACUGCAUUUUAAAAGUAUCUUCGUCCCCCUGGUUUCUCUCCAAUCCGUAACGCCCAGUGCCAUAACAACGCCACGAGCUCCGUCGACAAAAUCUCAAUCCUUUCCCCUUAUCUCUUUCUUGGCUGCUGCGGGAGAAGAAACGACGAUGAAGUCAGUUUUGAUCCGUUCUGGCUGGUCUCCUUUGCUCGUGGAAGCGGGAGAUCUCUGCGGCUCGAGAUCGUCGAGCGCGAGGUUCGCUCCGGCGGUGUGUUGCUCCUCCAGGGGCAACGCGUACAUACCGAAGCUCGAGCCUUUUAGCAGGUCCAAGUUCGAACGUGGUCUCAAAGAGCCCCCCUUAAUCCAAAAGUGCGAAAACGAACUUGCUGAUUACUGUUCGACGCUCGAAGGAGACAAGUCGUACAGCUGUUGGAGAGCUUAUUUUGAACUGAAGGACCUCGAAAAGGAGUCGCCUAAAGAAGAAGUUGAGAGGCUAAUCAUUCAAGCAGGGGGGUUGAAAUCCUUAAUCGGGUGCCUCCACGGUAUAGCAGAAAUCCAUAAGGCUAAGAAGAAUAGAGUUGCUUUGGCGAAGCCAUUGAACUCUGAGGAACGAAUGGAGAAGCACUGUCCCAUACCGGACGGCUUACCGAAGUCGCUGGAGGAAUUAGAGGCUGAAGAGAUGGGGAGAAUGCCUGAUUCGCCCUACACAAGAUUGCUCAGAAGCAAGGGAAGAUUUCCCGCUUGGUAUUCGCCUGCCCCAGACCACGGAGCCGAUUAGAGCAGCGAACCCUUUUCUAAAAGACGGAUUUUGUUUGAGCUGAAAUUGCUGGUUGUUGUGAAUAUAUCGAAGAAUGUAUAGCUGAUAAGCGUGAGGAGUGAAUGUAUUGCUGAUAAGAGUGAGGAGUUUUGUUUAGGUAUAGUGGUGGGGUGGUGUUGGUGAUUGUGGCUGUCGUCUGUGUAAUUAUGGAUCAUGCAAGAGUUGUGAAUUGGCGUCGUCUCUCCCAA